CCUUGCUUUGUCUGGCAUAGUGGCGACUCUGCACGCCAGCAGAGACAAACAAAGAGCACCGAAACUGUGAGCGAUAAAAGAUAGAGAGAGAAGAAGAAGAAGAAGAAGAGAAGAAGAGGGGGAGGAGGAGGAGAGGAAGAAGGCUCGACGUUUGCGCAAAGCAAUGCCUGUUGAUUCCGGAAUUCAAUGCUCUUCGUCUCUCAAACUCUGAAGAUUGUUUCUUGAAGAUAGCAAAAAAGGAAAAAGAAAAGAAAGAGAAGAAUCAAUUCAAUGCAUAAAAAAUAAGAGAAAAAACUCCUGAGGAGUAGUUGAAACGGAUACUGCGCUGUUCUUAGCUCUGAAAGUCGAAGAUCUCGAGUGAAUAUGCAGUUUCUGAAUAGAUCCUGGGAAGGAGCUUUUGAUCCAGCUUGAAGCUACGGAUUCUCUUCCUUCUCAAGUUCCAGUUACAUUUCGUGGAUUCUUUACAGAAAUCAGCUUUGGCUCUGGCUUUUGUUGUGCAAUGCAAGUGGUGAAGCCUAGCGGAAACAUCGAAGCUCUUGAUAUGGUGGAGCUUCUAGCUUAGAAGAGGCAGGUUUCAGGUUUGAUUGAGAGGGAAGGAUGGCAUCUUCGUGGGAGCAAAUCGGAGAAAUUGCAAAUGUAGCCCAGCUUGCGGGCUUUGAUGCAGUGCGGUUAAUAGCUAUGAUAGCUAAAGCUGCAAGCACAGCGCGAAUGCAUAAGAAGAACUGCAGGCAAUUCGCACAGCAUCUCAAGUUGAUCGGAAACUUGCUAGAGCAGCUCAAGAUCUCAGACCUUAAGAGAUAUCCUGAGACGCGAGAGCCGUUGGAGCAGCUUGAGGAUGCAUUAAGAAGGUCUUACAUUCUGGUCAAUAGUUGUCAGGAUAGGAGCUAUCUGUAUCUUCUGGCCAUGGGAUGGAACAUUGUGUAUCAGUUUAGGAAGGCUCAGAAUGAAAUCGACCGAUAUUUGAAGAUUGUUCCUCUUAUCACUCUAGUGGAUAAUGCUCGAGUCAGGGAGAGACUAGAAGUUAUUGAGAAAGAUCAACAUGAGUACACAUUGGAUGAUGAGGAUAGAAGGGUGCAAGAUGUUAUUCUGAAACCAGAACCCUCAAAAAAUGAUGCCAUGAUUUUGAAAAAAACUCUUUCUUGCUCAUAUCCAAACUUGUGUUUUAAUGAAGCACUGCAAAAGGAAAAUGAAAAGCUUAAACUAGAACUGCAACGAUCACAAGCUAAUUAUGAUGUGCAGCAGUGUGAAGUAAUCCAGCAUUUGCUUGAUGUAACAGAAGUUGCUGCUGCAACUUCUAUUCCAGAUAAGAGUUCUUCCAUGAAAGGGUCUAAGAAAGUAGAGCGCAAUUACUCAGAUGCAAAUAGUGAGAAAGAUCAUUCAUAUGAUGAAAGCUCACCUAAUAAGUUUGAUACUCGCACAACUUCAAGAAACACAUCUUCAGUUUCAUCAGGACAUGAUCUGCUGUCUGAUAGAGGUUCACAUCGAUAUGAUGAAUGGCAUGCUGAUUUGCUUGGUUGUUGCUCAGAACCAUAUCUGUGUAUAAAGACAUUCUUCUAUCCUUGUGGUACAUUUUCAAAGAUUGCUACUGUGGCAACAAACAGGCACAUAUCUUCUGCAGAAGCAUGCAAUGAAUUGAUGGCGUAUUCAUUGAUAUUGUCCUGCUGUUGCUACACCUGCUGUGUUAGAAGGAAGCUACGCAAGGCAUUGAACAUUACGGGUGGAUUUGUUGAUGAUUUCCUCUCACAUCUGAUGUGCUGCUGCUGUGCCCUCGUUCAAGAAUGGCGUGAAGUAGAGAUGCGUGGUGUCUAUGGUCCAGAGAAGACUAAAACAAGUCCUCCACCAUCCCAAUUUAUGGAAUCAUGAGCGGCAGGAUUCGAGCUCAUAUUUGUUCGGGGAGUCGAAAAAUAUAGAAUGCAACCACUAGUUGCCAUUGUCAAAAAUGUGCUAAAGAUUGCUACCUUGCCUUUGGAGUCUUUCAGAUAUGUAAAUUAGUCCUGAUUAUUUUCCAGAUUCAGCACAUUUUGUAUCAUAGACUCAUUUUCAACAGUAAAAUGUGGUUUUGGGAUCCAGAAAA